ACUGUCGAUGCAUUUCGAUAUGGAGCGGUUGAGGGGUGUUCUGCCUAUUUUCUCAGCCAUUUUCAUUAUGAUCAUUACGGUGGCUUAACCAAGAAGUGGUGCCAUGGUCCUAUCUAUUGUACUGCACUCACAGCACGCUUGGUGAAGAUGUUACUGGCAAUCGAUUCUGAGUACAUUUGUCCCCUGGAGCUUGAUACCGAGUAUGUCAUUGAGGGAGUGACUGUUACCUUGUUGGAGGCCAAUCAUUGCCCUGGUGCAGCUCUAAUUCACUUUCGUCUUAGGGAUGGAAAGACCUAUCUCCACACUGGAGAUUUUAGAGCAUCAAAAUCCAUGCAAUUGCACCCACUCCUCCAGACUGGCCGCAUAAAUUUGCUUUACCUUGAUACGACAUAUUGCAAUCCAAAAUACAAGUUCCCACCACAGGAGGAUGUCAUCGAUUUUGUUGUGAGGACAGCUCAAAGAUAUCUAAAGAAGCAACCAAAAACACUCAUUGUUGUUGGGGCAUAUAGCAUUGGGAAAGAGAAUGUCUAUCUAGCAAUUUCUCAAGCUUUAGAGGUACCCAUAUAUACUGAUGCAUCACGAAGGCGAAUUCUUCACUCAUUUGGCUGGCCAAACUUGUCCAAAAGGAUAAGUUCAUGCAAUCAAAGUUCACUCCAUGUUCUACCUCUUGCAUCAGUGCAACAUGAGAACUUGAAGAAGUACUUGGAGACUCAUAACCAAAGAUUUCUAGCUGUGCUGGCUUUUCGACCUACAGGUUGGACUUUCUCCGAGGCAGCUGGAAAGGAGCUUGACCUAAUUAAACCAAGCUCUAAGGGCAGUGUUACAAUAUACGGUGUACCUUAUAGCGAGCAUUCAAGUUUCACUGAGCUUGGUAACUUUUUGAAGUUUGUGAGACCUCAAAAGGUAAUCCCCACUGUUAAUGUUGGCAAUGCGGCAAAUCGAGAUAAAAUGCAAGCAUAUUUCCGGGAAUGGCUGAAGGGAUUGUGAUGGAUGAAGCGUGAUCAGUUUCAAUAAAAGUGCAUGGUAUCUGUUGCACGCCUUCCUACAUCCACAUUCUAACUUAAAUGCUUUGUAUCUUCAUAUUUUCCUAUAGCGAUCCUUUUCAACAUAUACUAAAGAAAUGCCUAUUUAUUUUCUAGUGGCAUCAUGAUGUUACAUGAAGAGCAGCCAAGUUCUUCUCUAGA